CUCCGGCCAUAAUUGACCACACCACCAUCUUCUUUCGUCUCUUGCAAACCACUCCGUCGCCUUCGGCUAGCAUUCAUUCCUACUGGCGCGACCCGUGGAUUUUCACGCCAGGUGCGACUGCCAUCCCGACCCUCGGCAUCCGAUGCGAUGAAGAGCCACUCGCGGGCCAUGGUUGAAACGACUCGAUAAACCUCCAGGCGACGAGACAAAGUGGCUCACUGUCGCCAGUGGGCUGCAAAUAGAGUGCGCCCUCAUCUACUGCCCAGUUCCUUCGACAGCCUUCAAGUAGGGUGACCGGAGACUAUUCGAUCGAAUCCUGUGCCAAGCUUGUCUCCGCCUGCGCAUUCGGGCUCUCGGAUUCAGUUUCAUCUCACCUCGUGUACAGUUUUGCACCUUACAUUUCCAGUUCCUAGACCUCACUCGCAUCAACAACGUGCUGCGACUACGAGUCACUGAUACUUACCGACGAAGCUUAUAUCGCGGCCGAUGGCUUCUCCAAGUGGCCGCCGUCCGGGCCCACGGCCUGUCCCUGCGCCGUCGAAUCCCGUCCUUCUCGCGUCGCAAGCUCACUGGCUUUUCACCGACGAAGAACUCACCCGUACGCCGUCGCAGCUCGAUGGCAUGAAGAUGGAGGCAGAAAAUACUUCCCGCAGCAAGGGUGUGAACUUCAUCUCCCAGGUGGGUAUUAUGCUGAAGCUGCCGCAACUCACGCUUGCGACCGCCGCCGUGUAUCUUCAUCGGUUCUUUAUGCGAUACAGUAUGGUCGAUCUACCGCAACGGCCCGGAAUGCACCCUUACCCCAUUGCUGCUACGGCGCUGUUCUUGGCUACCAAAGUGGAUGAGAACGUGCGGAGGAUGAAAGAGCUAGUGGUUGCCUGCUGUCGAGUUGCCCAAAAGCAGCCCAAUCUGGUGGUCGACGAGCAGUCCAAGGAGUUUUGGAAGUGGCGCGACACGAUCCUGGUCAAUGAAGAUAUCCUGUUGGAGGCGCUGUGCUUCGAUCUGCAGCUGGAAGAGCCGUACCGCAUCCUCUACGAAUUCCUGCAGUUCUUCGACGUGACCGAGAACAAACAAAUGCGCAAUGCCUCGUGGGCUUUUGUUAACGACUCGAUGUUCACUGUCCUGUGCCUCCAGUUCACUGCCCGCAACAUCGCCGCUGCCGCGCUGUACGCCGCCGCCAAGUACUGCGACAUUGGAUUCGAAGACGACGAGCUCGGACGGCCGUGGUGGGAGCAAAUCGAUGUAGACAUCACCGAGGUGCGUCGUACGGUCACGAGAUUGACACAACUCUAUGAAAACAAUGCCAUGAAAAGGAAUACGUACUAUUUGUCCGCCCCCACCGCGUCAGACGAGGGUACUGAGAAGACCAGGAUCCCGCGCGCGGGCGGUACGGUAGAGCCUGCGCCAGGAGCAGACCCCGUCAAUGGACGCAAGCGGUCCAGGGAGCCCGACGAGCAGAUCCGCGACCGCGCCCCGCGUGAACCGACUACCACGCAGAAUGGAGCACGGUCGCCGAAGCGGCAGCGACGGGAAUCGGAAAGCGUUGCGGCCGAGAAAGACCAUGCGCUUGAAAGCUCGACAGGGCCUCUUUCCAAUGGAAGGCCGCCAUCAACUCACGAUCGACAUCCUGGAAACGGUCACUCGUCUGCGGGACAAAUCCCGCCUCCCCCCCUCCAUUCCCAAUCUCGUCAUCCCCAUCCGCUACCCCCGACUCCUCGCCCUUUUCCUCGCCGUGACAGUUCCAGCCGUUCGACGGGAGGCAGGCCCGGACAAUCGGUGGACCCGAUCCAACAACGAAUCGACGAAAUCGUCCAACAGAACAUGUCUGCCCACGGGUCUCCGAGCUCGGUCAGGUCGGAGCGACGGCCUAUGGACCGUCAUGCAGAAUCGGACGAGCGCCGGCGACGUCCGUCUGCUGGGGAACGGAAGCCAUCGUAUGAAAGCAGUCAAGAGCAGCCGAAUCAUUCACGAGCACCACCGCCACCACCACCACCACCACCACCGCCGCCGCCGUCGGCCCCUCCAGAAGAGGCUCGACCACCGUCGCCGGAGCCCGCGAGAGCUGCUGAAGACGAUGAGGGCGGGGGUAGUGAGGAGGGCGAGCUUUAGUUAUUUUUCAUCUGGUGUUUGACUGUUAAGAGUAAUAGACAUCAACCAUGCACUAAAUCUGCUGCACUGUUUAUAGUGCAUGAGAGAGCAUUUGCCCUGCGUUUGCAUUGUUGAGCCUUCGUGCUUAGUGAGUUCUUGGGGCUUGGCGCUGUUGGCAUGGAGAGAGGGUGUGGCUUGUAUUGUACUAUACCUUUUGCUUAGACUUGAAACAUUCCG